GUUGGAUCUAGAUGAUCUUGAAGGUCUCUCCAAGCAUUCCAUGAUUCUAUGACCUGAAAUGCUCCAGCAGGGUGGUUGUUCAGGAUGAACUUUCCCUCUGUUCUGAGCUCAGUCCUUGCUCACUGCUGCUGUCCCUGGGAUCAGCUGAGAAGCUCCUGCUUUGCAUUCCUGGGAUGGAAUUGCCCAGGAUUGGCAGCAGGGUUUUCUAGGCACUGCUCUGCCCCUUGACAGAUGGCCAGGGCUGCAGCCUGUGAGGCAGAGCAGCAAAGAGGGUGAUUGAAGGUCCUGUCUCCAGCCCUGUCUCAACUCCUGGCAGCUUGGGGACACUUUUGAUGGAUGCCCCCAGCACAGAUUGAUGUGGGCAGUGUGUGAUUUGCAGCCUCCCAGCUCACCGAGGGCUUUCUGUGGGGAUACCACAUGGAGGAGCUUUCCUUUGUUGACCCUGCUGUCAGGCAAUAUAUUCCACUCCACCCUGAGAAUCAUCUUGCAGUUCCAGCCCAGAGGUCACGAGGAGCCAGGCUAGAAGAGCCUCGUGACACAGGCUGGGGACACAGAGCCACGACCAGCUGCCUCACCAGGAGCUCCUCUGUUUGGGCUCUGCCAUGGGAGCAGAACUUAGCAAGACUUCCACGAUGGACGAGGCCUCAGACGAGCCUCCCACAUCUGCUGUCCUCUUAGACAGCUGCCACUUCUCCCAGGUGGUCUUCAACAACGUGGAGAAGUUUUAUGUCCCUGGGGCAGACGUGACCUGUUGUUACACCCUGACACAGAGCAUCAUCCCUCGGGGGAAGGACUGGGUGGGCAUCUUCAGGGUGGGAUGGAAAACAACCCGGGAGUAUUACACCUUCCUGUGGGCUCCUCUGCCCAGUGACCCCCACAGUGACACCCCCGUGCAGCAGCAGAUCCAGUUCAAGGCUUAUUACCUGCCCAAGGAUGAUGAGUAUUACCAGUUCUGCUACGUGGACCAGGAUGGGGUGGUCCGGGGAGCCAGUGUGCCUUUCCAGUUCAGAGCAGAGACUGAGGAUGACAUCCUGGUGGUUACCACACAGGGAGAAGUGGAAGAGAUUGAGCUACAAAACAAAAAUCUACGUCAAGAAAACGAGGAGCUGAAAGCAAGUUGUGCCAGUCUCCAGAGCCAGAACAUCCACCUGCAGGAGGAGGUCACCAAGGCACAGGAGCUGCAGAAGAGUCUGGAGUCCCUAAGGAGCAACACAGAGAAACUGGAGCUGGAGGUGAAUUCCCUGAAAAAGGAAAAUAAACAUCUGAAGGAGCUGGAUGGCUGCAGAGAGGCAGAACUGCAGCAACUCAAAGAGCAAAUUCAGACCGUGAGCUCUGACAAGGAACGUCUGGAGAGCAGCCUGAAGGCAGCCCUGGAGCAGAUGGACCAGCUGCAGUCUCAGGUGUCUAGUUAUGAGAAGGAGGUGGAGAACCUGGCUCGUGUGGACCGUGAGAAGACGGAGCAGCUGGAAGGUUUAAAGGAGGAGAAUCAGCAGUUACGGGUGGUUGGAGCUCAGCAGCAACAAACCCGUGACCUACUGAAAGAACUGGAGGAGCAGAAGCGUUUGUGUCAGGUUCUGCAGGCACAAAAGAAGGCAGCUGAUGAGGAAAAUCAGAACCUGCGGGAAGAGAAUGAUGUGCUCCUGAGGCAUCUCUCACAGCCCACAGAGGCUUCUCCCUUCUCUGUUGCUUCACAAGCUCAAGCUCCAAUCCCAGCUCCAGGAGCAGGAGACCUCCUGUUUGGAAAUCCAUAUGGUGCUGCAGGAGCAAACCUGGGGGCAGGAGCUGCAGAAGUGGCUUCCAUAAGGAAGUGCCCCAUGUGCAAUGAAGUCUUUCCUGAAGAAAUUGAAGCAAGUCAGUUUGAGGCCCAUGUGCAGAGUCACCUCCUGGAGUGCCCACUCUGCAGCGAGACCUUCGAGGAGGCCAAUCAGCAGGUGUUUGAUGACCACCUUUUUUGUCAUCGCCUGGAAUAAUCCUGAAUUUCUACCUGCUCAGUAGAAUAGGUGACAGAGGCUGCAGUAGAGAAUAGACCACAAAUCACUGAAUAGGCUUAAAUUCAUGCCAGCAUCACUCAGGCAAGGCUGAGGAUGCCACCGGGACCGUCACCCCGAGCUUUCGUGCACUUGAGCAACACAGAAAUCAGGUCAGACAUCCACAUCCUGCAACUGAAUCACCAUCACCAAACUGAAGUCCUCUCUCUUGGAUUAGAUGCUUUUCAAACCAGUUACAAAUCCUAUAAUUAAUUCAGGAGAAGGUGGUACCAGUUCUUUAGAACUUGGCCACGUAGCUGGUCACUCAGGAUCCGAGGGAUGGGAUGUGGUGCAGCAGUUUGCUGGACCAGGCUGAUCCAUCUCCACUAGAAUGGUUUGAUCCUUUAAUGUAGCCCUGUGAUUGCUAACCAAAGACCCAGAAACAUCCUCUCAUCUUUUAGGAUCACACACCUCCAGCCCUGCUCAGCCUCUGGAAUGCAGAAUUAAUUCUGAAUUGGUUAAAAAGUCUAAAAACACAUCAGCUGUUGUAAAAGAAGUGAAAGAAACGUGUUUGUCAAGAGCCUGAGUGUGUCAGAGCAGGCAGCACAGCUCAUUCUAGGGUGAGGCUUGUGCACUGUUUCUCCAUCCAUCUCAGGAUGAGGAAAACCUGGAAUUCCUGAGACAGGCAAGGCCAGCAUGGCCUGGAGCCCACAGGAAAGCAGUAGCUGAGUUGUCUCAGCAGCACAGAGGGUAACUGGUUUCUCAGUCAGAAACUGGUCACCCUCAUUUCAUGAAAAUGAAGGGUUUGGAUUAUUCCUCUUUCAUGUUUCUAAGCCUUCUUGAUUUAACAAGAAGAGCCUGUUCUCAACCCAAAACAUUGUGAUUGAAACCUAAGUGCCUUAGGCUGCUGCAAUGCUUCCUGCACAGAUCACAGUUGGUAUUUUUAUUUCUGCUUUGGGGUUUUCAGUUUAGGAUUAACCAGUUCUUUUCUGUGCAAGCACCAGUGGGUAAAGUUUUCUUCUCCAGCUGCAUCAGGCUGUGUUUCCUGCUGCAUAUCUGAAGCAAUAGUAAAUCCUAAGAAGUUUACACAGAGUUUUAAGAAUUUUAACAAAGACUUUAAAAUGUUGGAGUGGUUCAGUGCCACACACAACAACUUUUUAUCAGUCUAGAUUUAAAUAGAGUAUUUCUGCCUCGGGUUGUACUGUCUUGCUAAGCAUUAUUUAAAAAAAACUAUAACAGAAAAUAACCACGAAGAAAGAUAAAGGCUAUAUGAAAAAAAAUAUUUGAAAAA